AUGACAUUUGAUGAUCAGUCAAGUUCUUCGUUCUUAGAAGAAAGCUUCUACUACAGAAAUGGCAACUUUUCAGAAAGAACAAUUACUUCAUCAUUUACAUCUGAAGAAAAUGAAGGUAGCUUUGAAAGCAGAGUUUCAUCAGAGGAAGUAACUUGGACUAGUACCAGUAAAAGCAAAUACAAAGUCCGUCACCUUAGCAAGAACCACAUGUCAUCUUCAAGUGGGACAAGCUCAUCUUUGUCAUUGUUUCAUGAAGAUGUAAAGGAAGUUUUUCUAAGCCAUAGCAGUGGGUGUCCAGAAAGUGAACAAGAAACAAUACACUUUUCAUCAAAGAAAUUGUUUUCUAUAAUGAAAACCAACAAAAAUAAAAUGUUAACAUUUUCUUCUGAUUUUAACUUUUCAAAAAAAUCCCAAAUUACUGUAGAAAAUGAAUAUCUAGAUGUGGCACCAUGCCCGCCUGCCCACUUAUUUCUCUCCAGAGAGCAAAUUAGACUUCUGGAAGAAAAUUUGAGGAAUCAGAUUCCUUUAAAGUCCAAAGGUAGAGGAGAGGGUGAAACUCCCUAUAUGAACUCAAUAUACCAAGAAGUGUUGAUUCAGAAUCAGCCUUCGAUGAACCCCAAACAAGGUUCUUUUCAAGGUUUUUGUGAAGCCAAGUCAACGAGUCAAGCUCCACAAUGUCUUCACAACCAAGAAUCAGUAAGUAACCAUGCUGAUACCAAGACCAGCAGGCCUCAUGAUGUGAUGAAGCCAUUUUCCAGGAGCAUGCAAGAGUCCUUCCGGGCCCAAAAUCUGAGCAGGAGCCCUCAUUUGGUCAAAAUCCCGUGUUCUGUUGACACUCAAGAUUCAGCUGAAGACCUCCAGGCUGAUAGAGAAUGCCUAGAUGAGCAUCCAUGUUCUGUCUGGAUUGAAGUUCCAGAAGAGAUUGAAUAUGUAAUCCAGGGUCAAAAUACUACUUCUAAGAAUGCCAGAUCUUUGAGUCCAGAUUCAGGUGCCAAAGGCGUUCCACAAUUAAAGAAUAUGAAGAGAGAUGGCCAACAAGAAAACAUUUCAUCAGAAUCAAGCCAGUGUUCUGCAUGUGAUUCAGUGCCUCUCUUGACUGCCAUGAAAAGGCAGGAAAACAGGAGAGAAACACUAUACAGUAAAAAUAAAUUGAAUCCCAGAGUUCCAUCUCGAAAAUCAGAGAAAACACCACCUUCACAAGUAUUCCAAACCACCCCGGUAGGUCAGACAUCUAGACACAGCAGUUUAGGAUACAGAUGUAACAGUGAGAAAAAGGAAGACUCACAUCAAAGAGAAUGUAUUUCACUUAAAGUUCUGAAUUGUAUCCAUGUUUCUAAGCAUAACAGAGAAAAUAAAGAACUAAAAUGCAUUUCACCAAGAUCUUCACCUCAACUAGAACAAUCUUUCAUGGUCAAUAUUCAUCAAGCACCUUGUUCUUCACCAAUAGAAAGAAACUGGAGAAAUCAAGAAUCUUUUAAGAGCCCCGUUAUUCAAGCAAAGGGAAUCGGUGCUGCAGGAGUUUGUGCCCCAUCUAGAAAGGAAAUGUCUGAGCUGCCUACCCCAGCGCAUAGCAUACCUUCUGGAGAAGUUAUAGCGGAAUCUAGGCAGCAAUUUAUUUUCUCUUCCGAACCGAAGUCAAACAGGAGAAUGGAUAUACCAAGUGUGCAUAAUUUCCAUCUUACACUUUCAAAUGGAAAGAAGUUACCAGCCAGCCCACCAGAAAUGCAGAAGAGCUCACCACAGGGAAAUGCACAAAGCCAAGAAGAUUUUCUGAAAAUCGUUCUGGAAUCGUCAGAUGUCAAUUUACUCAUUUCACUAGGAAACACAAAGCAGGAAGGCCAUGAACAAUCAGGAGAUGUACAAGCUCAAAAGAGCACAGAAGAUAUAAUUCUGAAGGGAGAGGACCCACUCGUAAUUAAUAUUACAGAAUGUGGUAGACAAAGGGAGAAUGGUGAGCUGGAACGUGAUACUAAAAGCAACCUACAAAUUCUACAAGGUGAAAGAAUACCUGGUAUUUCUCCCAGUGCCACUGACCCUACUGCUUCUGAACCAUGUGACAUGGCGAUGCACAACAGAUUAAAGACCCAGACAGACACAUCAAGGAAAGUCGGGCACAGCCCUUCAGCAGCAAAGCAAGAGGAAUUACCAGAGGGAAAGAAAACUGGGGUUACAGAUUGCACUGAGAAGAGACGGCUAUUUGACAAACCACAAGAACAUGGCAGAGAGGAAGAGGAAAGAGCUUCACCUGAAGCUGUGCCCCAGUUGACACAGAAGUUCAGGUACAGUCUGGAACUAAAACAGAAAAGCACAUAUGUCAAGUUGGAAAUAGAACAGAAUAUCUCAGGAAAGGAGAAAACUCAAGACGAAGAACAAGAGGUCCAAUCACAAACUCUUUCUCCACAAACCACUGAGGGAACGGUUCUCUGCCCCACAGCGGUUCCAUUUCAAGGCGGGGAAGCAAAGCAAAAUACAGACAGACUGAUGGGCGGAGAAACUGCAGAUCCAGAAAAUCCUCUCAAAGUGCGGGAGAAGUUACCCAUCGGCGGCGGCGUUUCCAUUGAAACAGCAGACUGUAAGAUCUCAUUGGGUGGUGACCUGGGAACUAUCCCAGGGGAUAGUAUUGCAGAAGAAAAGAACAUCGUAAAAGGAGUUGGACCUGCAGUUUCUCUGGAGUCUUCCGUGAUCAGUAUGCUUCCUUCAUCAGAUUUGGAGAGGAAAAGAAACAGAAGAGACUUACCAGGAACAAAAAGUGUACCCAGUACAACUAGGAAAAUAAAACAACCAGUGACUUCAACAAUUCGUUCUAACAAUAGACACGCCAUUGGGAGGCAUGGAAAUAGACUGAUAGGCAAUUCAAAAGUCAUCGUUAAGCAGAUACUAGAAGAUAAAACCAUGACAGAUGUGCUUCUGAAUGUCACCGACCCUCACUCAUCUAGUUUGCCAAGCACUAGAACAUGCAGCGGUUACCAUGCAGGGAACCACAGUUACACCAAGCUAAUGCAAGAGAGACCACAAGCUGAAAAGGCAGAAAGGUGUUCAGAUGUCAUGCAGAAAGGCAGUGACUCUGGAAGCACACUGGAAACCAGAUUGCAAGGUGAAUUGAGACAGCACAAGGAAACUCCAGUCAGAAUGGUCUUUCAGGGCAGCUGGGACCACGGAGCAGAUACAUAUUCAAAGAAGGCAUGGAAGACUGAGAAAGAGAUAUAUCAACUCACUCUACCUACACAAAUGACUGUGGAGUCUACUUACUUCCCUCGAAUGAGUUCAUCCCAGGAUGAACAAAUGAGGACAAGCCUAACCACACAAGUAGACUCAAAACACACUCCAGGUCCUCAGAGGGCUUCUCCAACAACAGAAAUGUCACUGACUGAAGACAGGUUAAGCCAGGCAGGAGAAAAUGAUGCUCCAGACUGUGUGAGGGAUGUAAGGGAAAUAGCUUACUGUUUUGCAGAGACCAAGGGAGAAUUUUCAGAACAUAUACCAGACACUAUGCCAGAAACCCUCCAUAGCUACAUGUCUGUUUUAGCUAGUCCUAAAAUGAAGAAAAACAGAGUACGGUUCUCACUCACUGACUGUGCAGUGCAGUCUGUUCAUGUGAGUAAAACAUCGUCAGACUCACAGACGUCUAGUCCCACAGGUCAUGGGAAGCAAGGGGAAUCCAGCUUAAAUACCAACCAAAUAGAUAGGCUGGCCUAUGAAUUUCUGAACACCCUCUUCUGUCCCAGGUCUAUCCGAGUCCAGGGAGACACAGACAGCUCUUCUCAUGCUCAGCUGAGGCAAGGAGAACUAGGAGAUGGAAGGAGGCCACAGUAUAUGGAUUUUAUUACUAAAGGCAGUGCAUUCUACUGCAGAGAAGAGAAGGUACAAUAUGGAGAGGAAGAGGAACAAAGUACUCAGCUCCACACUGCUCCAGAGCAAGCCCAUUGCCUCCAUCUUGAUGGGUCUCAAAGGAUGGAGCCCCAUUUUAUUGAGCCUGACCCUGCUCUGGCCUGUUUAACUCAGGAGCUGCCUGUGAAGAGGCAGGAUGUGCGGUAUCAAACGUGCUUUGCACAAGCUGCUUUGCAGACUGAUUUCCAGGUAAGCCCCAGAGAAGUUGAGGCAACAACCCAGAAGGCCAAUGAAACGGAGAAGCAGCUGGUAGGCCCCGUGGAGCCAAAGAUGCCACCUUUCAAACCAGAGACUGCAUUGAUGGAUAAACUUUUGAGCUCCCCCACAGAUCACGGCUUACCAUCAGUUGGAGAACAUGAAAGGGAGAGAGAUCCUUAUGUUAUGGGAAAUGAUUCAGUGCUGUCAAAAGAUUUGCAAGUGUCCUUCCUGCAGUCUUCUGAUUUUACUGAGCACUUCAUUUCUAAGUAUGAAAGGAAGAGACGCCUGUUAUCUUCAUCACAGAAGCAUAUGGAUGGACUCAAUAUGAGGGAUAAAUCUAGAAGAAAACAUAGAAUGGGACUGAGAUCUAGCUUUGCAACAAAAAGCAAAACAGUGGACCUGGGUAAACAUGUGUCAGAUCAAAUUCACUUCUUCAUGACUUCUGCAUCUGACUGCACUUAUGUUUAUAGGAGGGUAGGAAGAGAGAAAGACAAAUCAGGAGAGGAAAGACUGAGUUCUACACAUGUAAAGGAAAUGACAUCACCACAUGAAGGGAGUAUUAUUUCAGACAACUCCAGAGAAACCGGUUCUCAGGAUGAAGGAGUGAGUGAACAGGCGAUGGCGUUAGAAGGCAUUCUACAGCACAGUCAACAUUUCAUAUUCUGCUCAGGCCGGAGGAAGGAAUGUGACCUUCAAAAAUCGGAAAACCAAGGGAGAGGGAUAAUUCUGUCUGUAAUGGAGCAAGGCCACCCACGUCAAAUGCAACCCAAAGGUCUCAUGCAUGCGCAGGAACUAAAGACAAACCACCAGUUACAAAAUGACAAGAUAUGUUCACUGAGUUCACAGAUUUCUCUUCUGAGGUCAGAGGAAUCGCUAAUGGGUCUCAUUUUAACUGACAGAAAGAAAUCUAGCCCCCUCUGUGAUGGGAUUCUUACAAGGAAACAGAACAGCUGUGAUAAGGAGGAAAAGACUGAGCUUACAGAAUAUCUUCCAGCAACUGAUCUGGAGUCUCCUGCUAUCUCCAAGCCUGACCUAGCUGAAUCUCAAAGGCGGAGAAAGACAGUUACACACAGGGCCUUCAAAACUACAAUGCUUCACAAAGAUAUGAAAACGAAGGCAAGAAAGACACCCAUUUCACAGGUAUUUAAUAUCUUAGGGAAUGGUUGUUCAAAAUAUCUACCUCCAAAGGCCAUGAAAUUACAGAUUUUUGACUUUUUAGUUCAGAUUAAAUACUUUGAGUUCCUGGAUGACCUUACCACACAGGUAAAGAGAGACUUGGCACAGGAAUUACCAGCAGCCGUUCUAGAGUCUUUGGACUCAUCUCUAUUCCCUUUACCUGUAUCAGAAAGAAAGAAAUACCUUUUAAAGUUUACGAAGAGAGCUAAAAGGAGUCCCUUGCACAUAACUACGCAGGAGAAGAAAACAGCAGUUUCCCAGACGUUUAAUACCAUCAAGCACAGUCUGUCAAGCUCUAGAAGGCAAUUCGAACGCAACUUCAAAACUAUGGUGAGACAAGGUCAAACCGUGGCCGAUAUAAUCCUGAAUGUGAUUUCCUCUUCUGUGCCUGUCUCACCUGAUAUUAAAAUGCACAGUCACGUAAAAGUAGAAACAGACAUGAGGUGGGAAAGAGAUUUGAGUCAUGAAAGAGAGAAGCCAGAUAGAGAGAAAGUCAGUGUUGAUUCCAAGGCUCAGAAAGUGAAGACGCCUCACUUGGUGAAAUCAGAUCUAGAGUCCCUGAACACAGCAAGGAAAAAAAGCCCGCACCCACUUGCCACACCCUGGGAGCAACUGCAGCACACGCUGUUGACACAAAGGCUAGUCCAUUCUGUGUCUUGCUCCAUUUUGAAUUCACUCACACUGGAGAAUCAGCAAAAAAGAACUAAAACACUAAAAGGCUUAAAAGGCACAGGAACAUCCAGUAUUUUCCCUUUGGUGCCACGGAAAUCGGUGAGUGCCUCUCUGAUCAUUACAACACAGAGUGACUGCUCACCUGAAAGAGACCUGAGAAGGGAACUUGCCUGUCCUCUGCCACGGGGAAAGAUAUGGGUGCAGAAAAAGCCACACAUGAGAACCCUGAAGUCUUUAGGUUUCUGGAAGCCAGAAUCAUCUAAAUGUAAAGGGCAGAGAAAGGUAACCCAAAUCUCUCACUCUAGAAUUGGGAAAACACAGAUUUCAGUCUUAAAGACAAUCCGUUUAACUAGGCCUGGAAUCCUUAGCCGUAGAAAGGAGCAGGACUACGUCUUGGAAUACAUAGCCAGAGAAAUAGCUCAAGGUUUAUCAGACAAAUAUGUAGAUGAUGGUCUUUCACUUACGCCUGUUUCAUUUGCCAGCCAAACACGUAUCAAAGUCAAAGCAAAGAGAGGCCCGUUAAAGAAAAGAAGCAACGUGACACAGCUACAGUAUGAAAAUAAAAGCCCGUAUAACUAUUCCUCUGCUAGACAUAGCACUUCAGACAACACAUCAGAAUCAGUAUCACAGACUGAAAGAGAAGGCAAUGGACUUUCCUGUAGAGUAGAUCUACAGUUCCUGAGAAAAACAGGAAGCAGGAAAGAUCAAAAUAGGUCCGCUGUAGAGCAAAAAGUACAGGGACACACAGUGGUUUCAGAAGAGGCAGUUGAUUCUGUGUAUUCUCCUCUGAUGAUUCCAUUUCAGAAUGAAGAACCAGUGUUUCACGCACCACAAAAAGACACGCUACAGAGAACAGGUGGAAAGAUCCCAUGUCCAGAAUUAGUGAACACAGUGUUGGAUGAUCUUCUCAUUGAUGACAUGCAGUACAGUGGUCCUACAUGUGAUAGGAACCCUAAAAGGAAGUUGGGUGUUUCUAGUGUACUUUCCCAACAGUUUGAAGUUGAUGAAGACAUAAACUCUCAGAAAAUAUUAAAAAGCCUCAAUAACCACAAUAUUAUAUCUACUAUGCCUAAGAGUUCAGUAUUUGCAGAUCCAUGCGAAGAAAGCCCUAGUAAGAAAGAGAGUAAUCAUGUUGCCAAGAAGCACAAAGAAUGGCAAAGAGACUUAAUGAUGUUCAGAAUGUCUGUUUUAUCAGCAUCUAGAAGGCAGAAAAGGGCAUUAACAUUUCCAGAAAGGAGAGCCCUGAAGAGCUCCAGACAUAAAGCCAGAAGGACAAAGAAGUCUCUUUAUUCACAGAAGCCUAAUAUUCCUGAGCCUGGAGACUUAUCUUAUAGAAACAAAGAGGAUUGCAAUCUUAAGUCUGUGAUAAAACACAUGAAACAAAACAAAAGUAUAGCUAAUGCAUUUUCAUUUCCCAUACUUGUAGCAACUUGCAAGAAAACAGGCCGUGAAAUGCAUUGCAUACCCAAAAUAGAGAUGGAUAAAGCAAGAACGAAAACAGACCAUACAAAACUAGAGAAGUCACCGUGUGACAGAGAAGCCUGGGAAGCCAGUCUCACUAACAUGCAAAACAGAUGGAGCAAUGCAAGGAAAAUGAAUGUCCAGCAUGAGAAGGAGAAGAACACGAUCCACGAGUUGUUAGACUCAGCCUCACUUUAUCAUCACCAGUUCACUUUUGGCGCCCGUCCUAAUAAAGACCUCGGGGCCAGCAAGUCAGAACCUAAACCAAAUAUUUCAGAAGGAAGACAGACUUGGAAUUCACCUUGCAUGAUGCAAGGAAACCACAUUCAUAAAAUGAUUUUGAAGUCUGCUGCUAGACAGGUGAUGAGUUUUCUUCAGGCUGAAGCAGUAAAAACAAGUUCUCGUAUUCAAGAAAAGAAAAAGCCCAUGAAUGUUGACAGAUCAGAGUCUGGUUCAAGACAACAUGAAUCUCCCCAGGAAGGAAACGUUAGGAGGAGAUGGGACAACCAUAUUUUUGAUGAAAAGUCAAGAAAUCAAAAUACCCAAGGUAACACAAUUUUACAAACUUUAGAUCUACCCAACCUUGAUUUAUCUGAAUGCCAAAACCAGGGCAACACGUUCAAGUCUGUAAGCCAGAGAAGCACAACGAGUUCCAAGCAUACAACUUUAAAGGCAGAGAAGCUGCCAGUUUCCCAGUUGCUUCAUAUCACAAGGUGUCUCAGAAGGAGGCACAGAAAGAAAGAACAGUCUAAGUUGAAGUAUAAGACGAAAGGGUGGCCAUGGAAUGAGAGUGUGAGAGAGGCAUUUUUCUGUGCCUUUGAGGCAGCUAAAAUCCCAACACCUGGACUAGUAGUUGAUGAACUCUUACUGCAUACAACAGUCAGAGACACCCAGGAUGACAGAAUACUUCACAAAAAUCGGGAUGGUCAUAUUCCAGAAGAAACGGCUGAGUUGGGGGAGAAUUUAGCUACAUCUUUCUCAGAGCCAUGGGAUUUCUUUGUGCCCAUUGUACCUGACUCUGAAAGCCAGAUAAAAACAGUCAGUUUGUCAGACAAGAAUAUCAGAUUGAGUUCUAGAUAUUUAAUUAGGAAAAGAAGGGAGCCAGUGGUUUCACAGAUUCUUAAAAUUGAUCGGCCACUUACCAAAAGUAAGAAAAUGCAUGGACCCAAUUUAAAAAUCAAAAUAAAAGAGACACGUCAGUGCCAUGAUCUGUCGGAGAGAAUUUCUGAUACCAUUUGUUUCAUGUCAGAUACCUCUGAAGCGACAAGGCAAAGCAGAUCCCAAACACAGAGAGAGAGACCCCCAAGGUUAAGUUGUGUACAGUCAGCACAAAUGGACUUACCAGCAGAAGAGCUAGUGAUUGCACAGCCACUUAAUGUCACAGAUCCUGCUGCUUUAUGUUUGAAUAAAGAACAGGGACAGGAGGCAGACAUGAAGAGCUCUAGGACAGUUUCAGAUGCAGCCUCAAAGUUCACACAUGUUUCCAUACCUACUCUACUGAACAUAAAAAUGGAGCAAGCUCCUAGUUCUUGGCAUAUCUAUGAGGAAUCUUCUAUAAAGAGAAAUGCCCCACGCAAAGCAAAGGUUAGGAAGUUGUUUAAGACAACUCCACACACAACCCAGCCACUGGCAUCUGGGGCAGACCAGAGGAGAGGGUCAGGUCUUUUCACAUCAGAAGCACCUUUAGUCAACAUGGUGCUCCCUGUAUGCAGCUCUCAGAAGACAGAAGUUGAUUCACCAGCACAAGAAGCAAAGACACACUCUGUGGAAGGCUUCAGACUAGAGGAUUUUCCUUUCUCUAAGACACCUCUGCUGCAAGUUGCAAAGCAGAAGAAAGAAUUUAAAGAUGCAAACCUGGAAACAAUAGCGAAUCCCACGAUUCUGAUGUCAAAGGCAGAAAAACCACGAAUGGAAGUGCAUCUUAGUACCACAAGACAGGGCGGUGACUCACAGCAGCCGAGAGGAGGGAAGGAGCCAGAAAAGCAAGGCAUGAGUCCAGAAGUUUGGAGUCUACUAACAGACAAGGAAUCAAAUAGAAGAGAUACUCCUGUGGUCCAGCCUCCAUGGGCAGAAGGAGUUGACUUACUCAUUCCAAGAAAGGGAGACCAGCAAGAAAGAUACACAUAUGAGCUUCUCCAAAAACCUGCAUCUUCCCACAAAGUAGGUCCACAUCAAGUUAACCCCUCAGAGCAACAAAUAAAAUCAGAGGGCACAAAUAUGAUGCAGUUUGAACACUCAACUCCACAAGCUAAAGAAGCCUUAAAGGGAAUGGAUAUCAUAAUGAUCCCCAGAUCCCGCAACACUUGA